CAGCUUGGCCAUGGCCCCAGGAAUAUCAGAUGUAUUGAGAAAUCGUCUGUGGUCACCUUCCUUAUUAUAUUCAGUUCCUGUAUGUCACUAUUCCCCCUCCCACAGUUUUGGAUUCAAUGGCAGGAAUUGUGCACCCACCUCUCAACUUCCUCAGGAAAAAAAAUCAAGAAAGAAGCUGAUCCAGUAGGGCAUUCACACGCGGCUUUGGUGGGGGAAAUAGCAUCCAGCGAUGUGAAUAUGGUGGAAGAAACUCAGCUCAACCUUUUUGCUGUUAUACCUAAAUUUACUCUCGGCUCUUAUACCUGAUAAGACUUAUGAGAAGGUGCUGAAUAUGCCAAGGACAAUGCGAAAACUGCAGCUUCUAGCCUUCCUGUGGACCUGGCUACAAGGCAUAGCUUCGGAAUUGGAUCCUAAUGGUGCCAAUGUUUGUAAAUCGGAAAGUGUCACCAAGGAGCUGAUGUGCUGCCCAGGCUGGAAACAGGAAGGGCGAGCGUGUACAACGGCAAUCUGUGAAGGAGAGGAUGCCUGCGAAGGCGAUGAAGUCUGUAUCAGACCAGGAGUCUGCCGGUGUAAGCCAGGAUUCUUCGGAGCUAGCUGCACAUCACGAUGCCCAAACCAGUACUGGGGCUCAGACUGUAAGCAAAGCUGUGCCUGCUUCCCUUUCGGGAAAUGUGAUCCUGUAAGUGGGCAAUGUACCUGCAAUCCCAACCGCUGGGGUCCGAAUUGUGAAUAUCCCUGUUACUGUGCCCAGCAAGGGACAUGCAAUCAGCUUACCGGGGCCUGUGAAUGUGACCCUGGCUGGUGGGCACCACACUGCAACAAAAUGUGCCACUGCAACCUACAAAACUCUCGCUGCAGCCAUACGACCGGCCGCUGUAUUUGUGACAGCGGUUACUGGGGUCAGAGGUGUGGAAUGAAAUGCAACUGCAACAAAUCUCCCUGUUCACAAGCAACUGGGAAAUGUGAAUGCCGAGAAGGCUGGUGGGGCGCCUCAUGUGAAUACCAAUGCAACUGCUUGUAUGGCAAAUGCAACGCGUUAAGUGGCGAGUGCGAUUGCUACCCAGGGUAUCAAGGAAAAAACUGUGCGGAUCCAUGUAUUCCCGGAACAUAUGGUCCCAGGUGUAAAAAAAGGUGUGGGAGAUGUAAGCAGGGAGAGGCGUGCUCGUCUGUGGAAGGCCUCUGUGUGUCCUGUGGUCCUGGUUGGAAUGGCACUCGCUGUGACCAGCCUUGCCGUCCUGGUAAUUAUGGAGAAAACUGUUCACAGAAAUGUCCGAAGUGUCGUGGGGACGAGGUGUGUAAUGCAGAGACGGGAACCUGCCAAAACUGUGAUGCAGGCAAGAUGGGACCUAGAUGUGAGGAGACCUGCCCACCAGGCAGGUAUGGAGAAAGAUGUCAGUUCCUAUGUCCAGUCUGCAUCCAUGGAAGCUGUGAUACUGUAACAGGAGACUGUGUAUGUGAUAUGGGAUUUUGGAAAAACAGCUGCAAUGAGACAUGUCCUCAUGGAUUAUUUGGCUCUAACUGUACAGGCAUCUGUAACUGCAGUGGUGGUCCUUGCAAUCCGAUAUAUGGAACCUGCCAGUGGACAUCAAGUCAGAAAGGAGCCAUAAUCGCUGGGGCCCUAAUACCCCUGUCUCUUCUUUUCAUUCUGUGUUGUUGCUGUUGCUGCGGAAACAGUCAAUCAGAGUCUAAAGACAGGGUAAACGAUGGUGAAGGAGGGUCCUUAUCUAGGAUGAAGCACAAUUUUCAAGGAGCACUUGCAAGCAUAAGUUCUGUGUUACCGUGUUGUUCUGUAGGGAAUUCGAAGUUUUCAUGGGUAACUGUAUCACACCAUGAUACAGAACUUCCCUUCAAUCAUAGUUUCAUUGAGUCUCCUUCAACUGGUUGGUUAUCUGAAAAUUCCUUUUCCUCAUUUGAAUCAGAUGAGGGUGGACCUGUGUAUUGCGUUCCUCCCAGAGAAGGAAUGUCUGUAGCAGAUAUGGAUGGAUGUCAAGAGAUGAGUUCUAAAUGCAACGUGUUUCCAGAUGCACUGACAUUGAACUCGGAAGAUGCAAGUCAUCUGUUUUCUAUCCCUAGGACUUCCAGCAUUGCCAAGGCCAAAAGACCAUCAGUAUCAUUUGCAGAAGGGACCAAAUUUGAGUGCAGAAGGCCCUCUACCACUGAAACACCUAAUCUUGCUCGAAAACCAAAACUUGCAUCAAGUCUUCUAAAACUACCUUCUAUACAGUCACAUGCAAUAAAAGGUGGAGAAUUACAACAAUGUGACCAAACCCAUGAAAACACAAACACUAGUCAGGAACCAGAAGAUCAUCCUAAACUUCAGAGGACCAUGCCUGUUGGGCGACGAAGAACUAUGUCUAAUGCUCAUAAAGUAGCAUUAAAAAGUGAAAUGACAGAACCUGCUUUAAAUGAAAAUAUUUAUGAAAUGAAAAGGAAGAUCCCCAGUGUUACAACCGUUUAUGUUAGCGUUGGACCACCCAGAAAACUUGGCAAACCCCGAAGAAAGUCAGAAAGCAAUUUAGAUGGGGCUGUUCAAGCCGUGUUGAAACGACUUGGUAGUUUCCAAAAAGGUAUUCCAAAACCAGCCAGGAAAAGCUUACUCCAUUCACCAAAUUUCAGACCUUCUCAAACAAAGAUAUCUUGCGAGGAAGAUAUAAAAAAUGAAGACUCCACAAUGGAAUGUCCCAAUACUACAUCUCGGGGUAAUGCAACAAAGAAGCCUUUAAUUCCAACGUCUGCCAUUCUUAAAACGAUAGUAAAGGAGGGGGAGGGUGAUCCAGUGCGUGGGGGCAGCACUGGUAAUUUAGAGAAUAUGUAUUCUACUUUAACAGAACCUGUGAUUUUGGAACAAAACUUAAAUGAGGAACAUAUUUACCAGAGACCAGAGGGUAUAGCAGACUCAGAACCAAAGUAUGAAAAUGUGUCAAUUCCAAAUUCAUUUGUGAAUAAUGAGGCUCAUCCGUUAUAUGAAGACGCUCAAAUGAACGGCGAAAGUUCAGAUACAUAAGUAAUUCAGGAUAAAAUCAUACAGCUGAGACUAUAAUUCCGCUAAACAUGCUGCUUCAGAUCAAUCUACUGAAUCAACCGAGACAAAUAAUGUCGAAUUUUUCUUUUUUGUAU